AUGGAAAGUGCCCUGCCGAGUAUCUUCACUCUUGUAAUAAUUGCAGAAUUCAUAAUUGGGAAUUUGAGCAAUGGAUUUAUAGUACUGAUCAACUGCAUUGACUGGGUCAGUAAAAGAGAGCUGUCCUCAGUCGAUAAACUCCUCAUUAUCUUGGCAAUCUCCAGAAUUGGGCUAAUCUGGGAAAUAUUAGUAAGUUGGUUUUUAGCUCUGCAUUCUCUAGCCAUAUUUGUGUCUGGAACAGGAUUAAGAAUUAUGAUUUUUAGCUGGAUAGUUUCUAAUCACUUCAAUCUCUGGCUUGCUACAAUCCUCAGCAUCUUUUAUUUGCUCAAAAUAGCGAGUUUCUCUAGCCCUGCUUUUCUCUAUUUGAAGAGGAGAGUAAACAAAGUGAUUCUGAUGAUACUGCUAGGAACCUUGGUCUUCUUAUUUUUAAAUCUGAUACAAAUAAACAUGCUUAUAAAAGACUGGCUGGACCGAUAUGAAAGAAACACAACUUGGAAUUUCAGUAUGAGUGACUUUGAAACAUUUUCAGUGUCAGUCAGAUUCACUAUGACUAUGUUCAGUCUAACACCAUUUACUGUGGCCUUCAUCUCUUUUCUCCUGUUAGUUUUCUCCCUGCAGAAACAUCUCCAGAAAAUGCAACUCAAUUACAAAGGACACAGAGACCCCAGGACCAAGGUCCAUACAAAUGCCUUGAAAAUUGUGAUCUCAUUCCUUUUACUCUAUGCUAGUUUCUUUCUAUCUAUUCUCAUAUCAUGGAUUUCUGAGCUGUAUCAGAACACAGUGAUCUACAUGCUUUGUGAGACUAUUGGAGCCUUCUAUCCUUCAAGCCACUCCUUUCUUCUGAUUCUAGGAAACGCUAAGUUAAGACAGGCCUUUCUUUUGGUGGCAGCUAAGGUAUGGGCUAAACGAUGA